AUGGCUACCAGGAGAGUUUCCUCAGAGAUCAUAGAGAAAGAACGAAAAAAGAUACUUGAAAUUCUCAAGCAGGAUCCUGAUUUCAUCUUAGAUACAUUAGCCUCUCGGAAGCUGAUUUCUGAGGAUGAGUAUGAGACUCUAGAGAAGAUUCCAGAUCCUUUGAAGAAAACUCGGAAACUUCUAAUUGUAGUACAGAGAAAGGGAGAGGGGAGCUGUCAGCAUUUUCUCAAAUGCUUAUUUAGUGCUUUUCCAGAGUCCGCUACCACUUGGAACUUAAAGCGAGAAUUUUUAAAGCAUGAAAAUGUGGAGCCUUGUCAAUAUAUGAGUGUCAGAAAGAAUUCAAAAGAUGUUUUUUUCCCUUUAAAGAAAAAUCCAGAGAAUCUUGAGAUCACAGUGCCCUUUAAUGAAAAAGAAUACGUGAAUUCGGAAAUGUCUGAGUAUUCCACGGACAAUAAAACUCAUUAUAGGGAAACUGCUUGGUUGUCAAGGGAAAAUGAAAAGGAAUACAACUCAGCAGAAAUCACAUUGCCACAUUCCGUUGCAAAUAUUGAAUACAAAGCUCCAUCUUUUAUUGAGUAUUUACAGGAUGGACAGAGGUGAGAGCCAGAUGAUUCUUUAUACUUAGGAAAAGAAGAAUAUUUAAAAUCUCUUGGGUACUCUGAAGAUUUAGAAGCCAUCAUUGAAGGAGAGAAUUAUGAUGAUCCAGAGAACAUUAUUUAUGAAGAGCAAGAAGAUGUUGCAUAUUCUGAAAACUAUGGGUCUUCUGAUGAAGGACAGAAUUAUAAGGAGUCAGAAAACAAGUCAUUGGAGGAGGAAGAGGUGGAGAAAACUACAGAAGAGAGAAAGAAAAUAUUUCAAGAUGUCCUGUCAUUUUUGGAAAUGGACCGAAAGAGAAAGUUUUUUCCAGAUAUUGUUAAACAAUUCUCUCGAGAGCAAGGAAGUAAGUGGACACCCAAAACUCCAGGAGACUUAGUUUGGAAUUUCCUGAUGAAAAUUCAAGCACUGGAUGUUACGGCCAGAGAUCCAAUUUUCAGAUAUAAGAUUCUGGAUGAGGACAGAGAAGCAGAAUUGAGGAAUGAAGUAGAGAAUUCAGAAAUUAAAGAUCUUCAAACCAUUGACCCCCUUGAUAUCCUGUGUGCCUCUCUGCUGUGUUCAGACAGCUCUUUGCAAUGUGAAAUCAUGUGUAAGAUGUAUCAGUGCAAGUUUGCUCUUCCCCUGCUGCUGCCAGAUGCAGAAAACAACAAAAGCAUCUUUAUGUUAGGAGCCAUGAAAAGCAUCAUUAAGGAACAGUCUACACCAUCUUCAAAAGACUCUAUCAGUAAUUCAGAAAAACUCCUUGCACUCACAAAGAUGCCUAUCAUCUCUUUCAUGCGCCUAGGAUACUGUAGCUGCUCCAAGUCCAGAAUCCUCAACACACUACUCAAUCCUGCCACCAAAUUGAAACCACCAAAGGUCUUUCUCCAUCGGGAUUUGACUACUCCGGUGCUUCCCCGGAAAAUCUCGGAUGGACUUGUUGAAGUAGCUUGGUAUUUUCCUGAAAGGUAUCCUCUCAAAGAAAACCCUAGUUUUUUCCAAAAUCCUGUUGCUCUAGCCAACCUUCAUGGAGAUCUGGAAACCUUGGGAACACAGUUUAGUUUUUUGAUGGAUAUUUCCUCAGCUGUGUUUUUCUUCACUGAAUGUCUAGGUGAGAAGGAAUGGAAUUUGCUAAUGUUUUUACAUGACAACAUUGAAAGGUGCUACUUUGUUCUCAGUCCCCAAGCCAGGGAAAGUGAAGAAGUUCAGAUUUUCCAGAGAAUCUUAAAGUUAAAGGCAUCACAACUACUGUUCUGGGAGGAAGAGGCUGAAGAGGCAGGAAAGAACAUGGAGGGUUUUCGAGCUUCCUUUGAGGAAGUAAUGUCUUCUUCACUCAGAUGUAUGUCCCUGGAGGAUAUGGCAUUGUUGGCCAGGGAAUUGGGGAUCCAGGUAGACCAAGAUUUUGACAAUGUUCAGAUGAUUCAAGAUCUCUCUAACAAAAACUUGACCAAAACAGCUGAAAUUGAAGGACAACCAAGAUCCAGUUCAUUGAAGAACUCACCUGAAAGGCCAGAUGAAACAGUUGGAGAAGAGGCUGAGGUCAGAUGUGAGGUUAUCCAAAAUAUUAGAACUUUCCACCCUAUAUUCAAUCCUCAUUUGGAUAAUGCCUCUCCUUUAACAGCUGUUACCAGAGGUAACUUAAAUAAGGUUUCCUGGAAAGCCCCCUGGGUCACAGGAUCCCACUUUUGGUCAGAACAGAGGACUAAGUGGUUUUGUCCUUCACCAUUUAAGAAUAAAAGGGACCAUACUCAAGGUGAAAGUUUUGGAACUAAAUACUGCCAACCACAGAGAUUUUAUUCACAUGAAAGAUUCAUGAAGUUUUUGAGAACUGCUUGGGUACACCACACAAAUGGAAUACUUGGAAAGUCUCCAAGAUCUGCUUCUCAGCAUGUCCAGGUCCAGCCUGAGAGAGUAGAGUUGAACGAAACUCUUUGGAGACAUGGGGAAAGGGCUUCCCAAAUAGGACAUUUCCACUCUCAGUCAAUAGUGACAGUUGGGAAACCACAGCCAAAGCAAGCUGGCACCCAGGGAACACAGCUAAUUAAGGGAACUGGAAAACUCUUGAAGACAUCAUCCUUUAAUUCAUAUCCUCACCUUCAAGCCUUUCAAGCAGGAGCCAUACACAAUCCAAUGAGACAUGCCUCUUGGAAAGAAGAGAGGUUGAAGACACAGAGUGGGACUUCAAAUCCAGCUUUCCAUGUACGAUCCCAUCCUAUGUCCAGCAGUGAAUUCAUACCCAGUUUUCAGUUAAAAUCCAGUCACCUCAAAUCAUCUCAGGUCAAGCACCCUCAGUCUAAUCCCUCCCAACCUCUCUCUCUUCACCUGAAAGCCUUUCAAACAAAAUUAACUCAGCCCCAGUCCUCUCAGUCUAAGCUUUCUCAGCCCCAGUCCUCCCAGUCUGUGUCUUCUCAGCCACAGUCCUCUCAGACUAAGCCUUCUCAGCCCCACUUUUCCCAGCCUGUGUCUUGUCAGCCCCAGUCCUCCCAGUCUAAGACUUCUCAUCUCCAGUCCUCCCAAUCUAUGUCUUCUCAGAUCAAGUCUUCCCAAUCUAAAUCUUCUCAGACCCAGUCCUCCCAGUCUAAGUCUUCUCAGCCCCAGUCCUCCCAAGCUCUGUUUUCCCAGACCAAAUUCUCUCAAAAUAAGCCUUCUCAGCCCCAAUUUUCCCAUUCUCCCCACCCUUCCCAAUAUAAAUCUUCUCAACCCCAGCACUUCCAAUCUAAAUCUUCUCAGCCACAGUCCUCCCAUUCUAAGAUAACACAGUUCCCCUUCUUGCAAUCUAAGCCUUCUCAGGCUUGCUCCUCCCAGUAUAAACCUCAGUUGUAUUCCUCCCAAUCUAAGGCUUCUCAGCACUACUCCUCCCCAUGUCAGUCUUCAUCUUUCCACUCCUUCCAGUCUAAGCCUACUCAGCACCAAUCCUACCAGUAUAAGUCUUCACAAUUCUACUCCUCUCAGUCUAAGGCUUCUCAGCACUACUCCUCCCCAUGUCAGUCUUCGUCUUUCCACUCCUCCCAGUCUAAGCCUACUCAGCACCAUUCCUACCGGUAUAAGUCUUCACAAUUCUACUCCUCUCAGUCUAAGCCUUCACAGUCCUACUUCUCUCAUAAGACUUCUCAGCACAAAUCCACUCAACCCAAAUCAUCUUGGACCAGCCCUUCACAGGCUAAGGCAAACUACUCAAGAACUGGGACCAAGAGAAUAGGGAAGCAUUAA